AUGGCGGUGCCGGCCCGGCGGAGCCUGGUGUUCGUGACGGGCAACGCCAAGAAGCUGGAGGAGGUCACUCAGAUCCUCGGAGACUCCUCUCCCUACACGCUGGUGGCGAAAAAAAUUGACCUGCCCGAGUACCAGGGUGAGCCGGAUGAGAUCUCCGUGCAGAAGUGUCGCGAAGCCGCCCGGCAGGUGCAGGGACCUGUUAUAGUAGAAGACACCUGCUUGUGCUUCAAUGCCCUGGGGGGCCUUCCAGGGCCAUACAUAAAAUGGUUCCUGGAAAAACUCCAACCAGAAGGCCUGUACAAGCUGCUGGCCGGGUUUGAAGACAAAUCUGCCUACGCUCUCUGUACCUUUGCAUUCAGCACUGGAAACCCGGAGGAGCCAGUGAAGCUGUUCAAAGGCCAGACUCACGGGCUGAUAGUGGAGCCUAGAGGUCCUCGAGAUUUUGGCUGGGAUCCCUGCUUUCAGCCAGAUGGCUACAACCAGACCUACGCCGAACUGCCCAAGGAAGUGAAGAACUCAAUCUCACACCGUUACAGAGCACUGAGUGAACUCUCUGCCUUCUUUCUUCAGAGUAACUCAACAGAGCCCUGCUCUGACCCCAGCUAGCCUUUCCGGGCUGUGAGUGUAUUGUCCACAUCACAUAUAGCCCCAGGAGAGCUCACAGCUGCUGUGGGCUGCCAUUAA